AUAUAUUUCCUACUUAAACUAAUGGUACGUAGUUCCUGGAACCGGGUAUUUAUUUAAAUGACGAGAUGAUUCACUAGAAUGUAUCAUGCUGGUCUUUUGGACAUGUACCGUUAAUGACUUCUCUCUCACGGAGAUCCAUACCUUGCGUUCUAUGUUUUUAAUGAUGUUGCUUUGGAAUGGAUUGCAUGCUGAGAAAGAUGAUGCAUUAAAAUACUCGCCUUGGUCAUCAUGGAGCUGCUGUUAUGAGGAUGAUUUAUAUAGAGCAAGGAACUGCUUGACAAGCUGCACAGACGCAAAACUCUUCGAUAGAAAACCGUGUGAAAUACAUAACUGUGGAAUGUCUCAACAUAUAGGAGAGCAAAAUUUGAGAUCUACGGAAGCCAAACCAAAUACAACAGUUUCCACAAAAACUCCACCCACAGUCACUGUAUUUGAGAACCUGUUUUACACGAGUGAUGUCAAAAGAAGAUAUAACCAUCUUGAUGUUGGCACUGUCGAAUUUGCAUCAUCAUCUACAUUUGGUAUUGGAAUGAUUACAACGCUUUGUGUAUCCGUGCUGGUGAUUGCUAAUUUUGUCUUCACAUUGUUUUUCUACCGCGCUUGGAAGAAAAAACAAAAAAUACGUCGCAGACAAAGUGGCAUUGAAAGAAAACGUACAUACAAUAUACUGGAGCAGUCUAGAAAGUCAAAUCAACACCUAUACAACAACAACAUGCCAGAAAAGAUGUCUAGAAGAUCAACAGACGACAUUUACUCUAACGUCAGAGAAUCCAUGUCGCUGUCCUCCUCCUGCCGAUCUGAUACUUACACGACAAUUGAAUCCAAAGACAGGAAUACGUACACGGACAUCAAUUUCUCUGACAGCUUUGUACCACCACUCAGAAAGGGGAAGAGGGAUAAUCUCAAAACUCUGACGACGUUAUUUGAAACGCAUUCCCCUGAAGUUCUCCGCACCAUUUCAAAAUUAAAAACUGUAAAAGUUGUUAGUGAGCCAUGAAUUCUGUUACCUAUCUUUUAUGAUUCUUUUUGUACAUACAUGUAUAUAAAUAGGUACACAUGCAUGAAGCAAAGGGUCGGUAUCUUCGAUAAAUGCUUUGAAAAGUGGAAUGCUUUCAGUCCCAUAGAACUUGUCCCGAGUUAUCGAAGAACAAUUCAUUCUCUCUAGAGACCAGAGUCAGCUCUAGAAUCGUGAAGUAAGGAGUUGGUCCUUACUUCGAAGCUUUGAAUCCCACGAAAAAGAUACCUUCUUGCUCAAUAGCCCUGGGGCCGAGUAUAUGUCAAAAUUUGCAUCUCACCAUUGACAGGUGGUGGCGUCUCCAUAGGAGUGAAAAAUCGUCGAGAGAGACAUGAAACAACAAAACAAAUUGAAACAAGACUUGGUGAUUUCCUUAAUAAUCUGUAUUAACACUCUUAAUGCAGAUGCAUCGGAAAAGGUCCACCAUAAACAGAUUUCUUUUACUUAUCAAGAGGUGCAAGAAACUUUCUAAUUUUGACAUUCUUCAUAAUCCAUUUUCUGUUGUUUGAAUUU